CCCCGUCCUCGUUUUUAUUUUCUUAACAAAUUUAAUAUUUUUCCUCUAAAAAUGUCAAUUGCUCGUAUUGCCAUUCGCUCCGUUGCCUUCAAGUCUGCUCGUGCUGCUGUCCCCACUAUGGCCGCUCGUAGCUUCGCCGGUGCUGCUGUUAUGCAAAAGGAUGUCAUUCAAGAUUUGUUCAUCAAGGAAUUGAAGGCAUACAAGCCUCAACCCGUCUCUGCCUCUGACGAGUCUUCUGCUAAGGAAUUAAAGCUCCCUGCUGCCCCUGCUGUUCCUCAAGUUGAUGCUGAUUUGACUCAACAAUUGGCUGCUUACGAUGCCGAGCCCGAGGAGGUUGCCAACUAAAUGUUUUUUUACCUCUUCAUUUUUUUUUAUUUGAAAGCAUAAAAAAUAUCCCUAAAAUAUAAACCAAAAUAAAAAAAAAGUGCAGUGUGUAUAAUAAUAUAAAUUGUAUAUCUGAAGCUCUCUCUCAAU